UGCUGGUUGGUGUGCUGGGUAUAAAAUCGGAAUCCUAGCAUCCUCUGGAACAUAACCAACUAAACCCAGUUUGAACUAACAUGUCACCAGACUAGAGCCCAUCCCAACAUCCUGCGUCUGGAUGGAGAAAAGAAGAAGAACAGGCGUCACAACUACAAUGAACAUUCAGUCAGCCAUCAACAAAGAGCUCUUUAUCCCACAUGAUGAGCGGAUGCUGGUGGUGGUGGAGGUGCAGAGGAGGAAGAGGAAGAGGAUGUCCUUCCUGCUGACUCCAUCCAAAGGAGAUUAUUCAACAUUCAUCUGUGUUUCAGUGACCAACAGUAGACCUAAUCAGCUCCUCAUCACCAAGGUGAAGCAGUUUCGUGGCUCCUCCUCCUUCACCAGGAGAUCCCAGUGGUCCGUGGAGCAGCUCCGACAGGUCAAUGGCAUCAACCCUAACAAGAACAGCCCAGAGUUUGAUCUGAUCUUUGAUGACACGGUGGACCAGUGGGUGGCCAACUCAUCUGCAGAGAAGUGUCUCUUUGUCCAGAUCCUGUACCGUGCCUGCCAGAGUUACUGGAAGGGGAAAGCCGGCAGCGUGGGAACUCUGGAGAAGCUGAGCAAGGCAGGCAAGCAGCGGAGAGCAAGUCAGUACACUCCCCCCGUAGCCGGAGGUGGUCCUGGAGAGUCCCCACUAGUCCCCAAAACCCUGAAGACCAGACGGAAGAGCAUCAUUCCUCCCAGACAGACAGAGUUCCUCAACUGCCAGUCCAAACUCACCAGAGAUGCUCGCAGGGUGAAUCUGGUCUUCUAUCGCUGUAAAGUCUUCCUCAACCGUGUCAAGAACACGAUCCUCACAAACCAAAGUCCUCCACUACGUCCAGCAGAAAAAGGUCUGUCUGGGCAUCGUGUUGCAGAGGGAACCAUAGCUAACAUAAUUCAGAAGAUAAACGUGACUCUGGGGGAGCGUGGAGACAGACUGACUCAUGCUGAGGACAAAACUGUGAAGAUGAUGCACAAAGCACAGCAGUUUGCUGACACAGCUCACAAGCUAGCACUGAGAUAUUCCAAGUAGAUCCUUUUGGAAGAUGAGGAUCAAUCCUUUAGGAAUAAGGUGGAUACUAACGCCAUCUGAUGCAGCCUCAGCCCUGUAGAUGAAGAUGGAUCUCAGGACUGUCGCUAAAACCCUUGUUUUGUAACAGAAAUGCUAUCUGUCUUCUGCAUGACGAAGAGAAAUUUAGAUAAACAAAAUUUUGCAACUGAUUUUGGUUUGAAGAAACCAACUUAUUUUUUCCUGAAAUGUUUUUAUCAUCAUCGUUUAUCUUUUUAAAGAUGUGAGCUGAAUUCUGUCUUUAUGUUUUUAAUUCCUCUAAUUCAGUUGAAUGUGUCUCUAUCUACGUUUCAGUCCUGAAUGGUACAUUAUAAUGUCCUGUCUGUCCUGUGGAUGUCUGUCCUGUGGAUGUCUGUCCUGUCUCUCUUGUUUGUGUGUGAAGUUUUGUGAUGAAGGUUGGAGUCUGACAAUGAGGAGGAUGAAAGCAGAAACUCUUCAUUUAACCUCUGCCCACUCAGUUUAACUGAAGGCUGAUCAUUGGUCGGAAAUCCACUAAAGAAAUCCUGAUUCUAACCAAACUCAAGCUUUUUUAAUCACAGUGUCUCUGGAAAUAGACAUCUGAUCAGUUUUAACCCACUGACCGUGUCCUCUGUCGUCUCUUUGGCCAGAGUAAACAUGUGAAGGUCUGCUUGUGACCGCUAGAUGGAGGUAAAUAAAAAUAAAUAUAAAACUGACUCACCACUGUUGGAAGCUGUUUGUUCAGCUGUUUGGUUUUUAACAACAAAAGAGAAAACAGAUGUGAGACAAAACUGUUAUUUAUUAACUGAAUUUGUAAAACAAUAAAAAAAUAUUAAAAUUAAA